AUUUUGACGAACCUACACAGUACACACACAUCAGGAAGGUUGAAUGAUUAUAUAAAGUUUUUACUAACCCUACGCAUAUUCGUGGGAGAGAGCGAGAAAGAGAGAGGGGAGAGAGAGAGAUGAGUUUGAGGAAUCUUCAUGAGAUGGGUUUAAGUUUUGAAUCCCCAAGCUUCAUUGAAUGGCUUAAAGCUCCAUCGUCUUCUUCUUCUUCUUUGUUAUUUCGUAUCAAGACCAAAGAUGUUAUAUCGACAUCGAACCACCAGAGUAUGUUGGAAAGAUCUCUAUUCUUGUACCAACCUCAAGAACCACUCAAAAAGUCUAUUCAAUGCUUGCCUCUUCUAAACAAGCUCAUGGAAAACGAAAGUCAAGCUUUGGAUGAUAUCAAAGAAGAGAAGGAUGAUGAUCAUGUGGUUACUCUCCAGAUCGGAUUGCCUAACUCGGUGGAUGAUGACUCUGAUACAACAUCUGAUCAUCAUGAGAAGAACCCCAUCAAGAGAGAGAUAAUAGAUGAUGGAGUGGUGAUGAUGAAUAAGAAGAGAAGGAAGAUGAUCCUUGAUGAGGAGAUGAAUGAUUUGGAUAUGGAAGUCUGUGGCAAGAGGUUUUGGAUACCAAGUCCUGCUCAGAUUCAUGUCGGUCCAAUGCAAUUUGCUUGCACUAUUUGCAGCAAAACCUUCAAUAGGUACAAUAACAUGCAGAUGCAUAUGUGGGGACAUGGAUCAGAGUUCAGAAAAGGAGCUGACUCAUUGAAAGGCACGACACAACCAGCAGCUAUCCUGCGUCUACCAUGUUACUGCUGCGCGGAGGGAUGCAAGAACAACAUCAACCAUCCACGUGCGAAGCCCUUGAAGGAUUUCCGUACACUUCAGACACAUUACAAACGUAAACAUGGCUCCAAGCCUUUCUCUUGCGGAAAAUGCGGCAAAGCAUUGGCUGUUAAAGGAGACUGGAGGACUCAUGAGAAAAACUGUGGGAAGCUUUGGUAUUGUACAUGUGGAUCAGAUUUUAAGCACAAGAGGUCUCUUAAAGACCACAUCAAGUCUUUUGGUAAUGGACAUUCUCCUCACCCUUCUCUUUCGUUUGGUGUGUUUGAGGAGGACACGGAAUGUGUCACCACAGAAUGAUAAACACGUGAGGGCUGUGGGAAUCAUCGGAUCCGUAUAGGUAAGAUCUGAAUUUUCAAAUGUUGCUUCUAAACUAUGCAUGACCACAGAAACAUCUCAAGUCUAACAAAGAAUUUCUAUCUUGAAAAAGGGAGAAAUUCUUUGUUAGACUUGGACUAAAUACAUCAAAAUAUAACAACUUAGCAUAGAAAAGGAAGCAACAUUUUAAAAGUUAGAUCUUCUUAUUGGGAUAUCUUUACGAUGAGUCUACAGUAGAAACUGCUGUUUAUCAAACACUUGUAAAAUUUGAGGUGAGCGUUUUAAAUAUUUGUGUGUUUAGCUUUCUAUUACCAUGCAUGUAAGGGUGUUUUACGACUUAAAUAACCUUAUGAAAAUGCUCACUAACAAAAACUUCUCUUUCUCCGAGGGAUGUAUUUGUCGGGGAGCAUUUUGUUGCUUGUGUAAACCCCUAAUUAAUUAUCUAAGUGGUUAGUAAUUAAUAAGCUUGUUUGCUUCCAGUCUUAUUUAGGGUUUCCUUUUUUUAAUAAGGGUGGUUAUCUUGUGAAGCACGUAAAUUUUCUGUUUCUCUUAUUCAUGUAUUUGUAUUAGAAGAGAAAAUUGGUGUGCUUCACUUCAUUGUUGUAUGAUAAUCCUCAAUAGAGUCUCUUCCUAUGUAUUGUAAUCUCUCUUUUUAUCACAUCGCAAAGUUACAAAAAAUAUAGAUAACACAUCAUUCGGAACGAUCUCAACUUUGCCUUCGGCUUAGAUUGACAUCAUGUAAGAACAUCGUCUAAAUUUACCAUACAUUUGCGCAUCAAUAUGUGUGACAAGACAAAUCGAAAUCGUAUAGAACACUCUUACCCUCUCCUCGCAACUCCUCGAUCUCAAGCAAAAUCUUUCUGACAAGAGCACAAGCUUCUUUCUGACAAAACUUCUUUUAAUGGUAUACACUAUACUUCAAUGGUAAACCUUCACCAAAGGAAUCUUAAACGCUUUCGGCAAGAACGGAACGGCCCUGGGAUUGUUUUCCAAGUCAUGAUACAAUCUAUACUCAGCUUCAUAAUCAUGAAGCUUCAACUCACCUUUCUGAUUCGUAUGAUAAUGAUGCUUAGUCAAAUUCGACUUCCCAAACCCGAAAACACUAACUUUCUCACAAACCCCCACCGCAAGCAUCACAGCCUGCAUACCAGACGAGUAAUGAAACAAAGACCCUUCAUGACCUUUACUCCAAUCCCCAAACCCUUCUUUCUUCUCUUCCAAGAAGUUCUUCACAGAGUAAUACUUCACGAUUCUAGCGCACAGUACGUCGAAUCUAGGGUCAGUGAUCACCAGAGGAGCUUUAUGAGAUGGUUUGCAAACAGUGUAGUCCAAUAUAUGAAUCGGUUGGCAAAUGUACAUCACGAUAGGGAUUGAUUCUCCGUAAGGAUGGCAGUUGCAACGGUCUCUUCUCGCGCAUUGAUGUAGAAUGUUACUGUUUAUGAAUGAUAUACUCGUUUUUGAUCCGACUUUGUGUUCGAAACUCUGCGUUUUAGCGUUGUUGAGACGGAUCACUAUCUCGUGUUUAUCGAUUACGUCACCGUAUUGGCGGUUAAGCAAUGUACCACUGUUACCAACCACCGCACAAGAAGUAUAUCUUCUUUCACUAACGACGCCGUUUUUGACUAGUUUGAUUAAAUCUAGCAUUACGUCAGGAUCGUAAGCUUUUUUGGUGCGAGUCCAGAGCCUAAGGUUUCUCUUGAACUCUGACCAGUAACGAGAGACUUGAGAAGAGCGAAGCGUUGUUACCGGAAACUUGGAAGGGACGUAUCUGCCGCGGCGGCGGAGGCUAUCGAUCGGUCUCGAGAUGGAGCUGAAGUAUCGGCGGUGGCUUCUCCGAGUGUUGUCGUAAUCGGAGAUCAGAUCGACUUCCUGGUUGAACUUCGGCUCUCCGGGAUCGACGGCGGCGAACUCGAGCAAGGUUUCGUUGAACACGAUCUCCUCCGUCGUCAUGAAUCCGGAGGUGCUACCGAGCUCGGCGAUGGCGGAGCUGAAGGUGAAGCUUCUCCGGCGAAUCGCGACUCUGCAGAUGAGUGUGGCGGCGAGGAAGCAGAAGAGGAUGGCGCUGAAGAGAGGUCUAACGGAUCUUUUCAUCGGAUCUUAGGUGUAAAUCAAAAUCUCCACCAGGGCUAUAAUGGUAACUACGAAGCUUAACGACUCCAUUAUCAGGAAUCUGAAGUCAACGAGAGGGAGACGACAUUGUUUGAGAUUUAAAUGAAGUAAGGGAAGGUGUGUGACAGAGAUUUGGCAACCCCAAAAAUGGAGAUCUGGAGAAGGAAGUUAGAUCCGUCGAUUGAAUGCAACUAACAUUUAAUUAAUCUUUUCCUUUUUCUGGUAGAUGACGCAGCACCCAUGUUGUGUCCCCCCUUACGCUUUGGAGAGCUGGAGUAGAGAGAUAAAGUGUGUGUGUGGGUGGGUAGUUUGUUAAUUUAUUUUCGUUAAUUUUUUUUUUU